CUAAAAGUCCUUAACAGAGCGAAUAACUUUCUACAUUCUCUCAUAAAAGAAACCUCAAUAAGCAAAUCCAAAACAAAAAUGGCUUAUACCCUCUGCACCAUAUACACAAUCUUGUUUUUUACUUCCUUCUCAAUUUGCUCUGCUAGAGAUACCAUAACAUUGGACAACCCAAUUCAUGAUAGCGGGGGAGAACCUCUUGUAUCAGCCCAAAAAAGAUUUGAGCUUGGUUUUUUUACCCCUAAUGGAAGCUCUAAGCAUGGAAGAUACGUAGGGAUAUGGUAUUACAAGUCAAGUCCAAGGGUGAUAGUAUGGAUUGCCAACCGCAACAAUUCAGCGUCCAAAACCACUGGGGCUUUUACUAUUGCAGAAGAUGGUGACUUACAGGUACAGGAGGAUAAUAAUAAAUUGUGGUCAGCUAAUAGAGGCGGAUCAAUUUCUUUUAAUAGGACAGUGAAGCUCUUGGAUUCUGGGAACUUAGUUCUUAUAGAAGGCCAAGCUGGCUUAGAAAGAAUUAUCUGGCAAAGCUUUGAUAAUCCAACUGAUACGUUUCUUCCUGGAAUGAAGAUGACCGCAAAGAUGAAUUUAACUUCAUGGAAAAGUCAAGCUGACCCUGCGCCAGGUAACUUCACUUUCCUGCAAGACCAAGAUCGAAGAAACCAGUACAUUAUCGAGAAUAGAGCAAGUCCUCAUUGGAAAAGUGGAUUAUCAGGAAAGUUUUUUCACUCUGAUAACAAUAUUUAUGGUAAUAACUCUCAUGUCAUUUGCCCUGCUAUAUCCUCCUUGCUAUCUAAUUAUACAUCAGGUACUAGAAGAACUACAUAUCAGAAUAAGCCUUUUGACACCCAUGGACAGGUUGAUCAUUACGGUAUGAGACUGGUAAUGGAUCUUGAUGGUCAUAUAAAGUUUUUUACUAGGGAUAAUGACACAGCCUCUGCCUCAUGGAGUAUGACCUGUAUGGAACCAAGAGAUAAUUGCAGCCUGUUUAAUGCUUGUGGUAACUUUGGCAGCUGCAAUAUUGAGGAAACUCGUAUGUGCAAGUGUUUAGAUGGGUUUGAACCCAAGGAGCUAAAUAAUUGGAAUUCUGGACUUUAUUCAGAGGGGUGCACUAGAAACUCCAUCAUAUGCGGCAAGGGUGAUCACUUCAUUUUGUUGAAGAUAAUGGGAGUGGAAGCCCCUGGUGGCCUCCUAACUGACAUAGAGAGUGCAGAUAAAUGCAAAGAGGAGUGCCUUGACAGAUGUGAAUGCCAGGCUUAUUCAUUUGAAGGAACAGAAAUGAGCCAUACAAAGGCUUAUUCAUAUGAAACUACAGCCACAUGCUGGAUUUGGUCGGAGGAGCUCAAUAAUAUUCGGGAGUCCAAAGAUGGAAGCAGUGAGGCCCGAGACCUCUAUGUCCGUGUGGGUUCUUCUGAUAUAGUUGCUCACCCAAAUCCUGAAGGAUCUUCCUACAAGAAGAAGCAAUUUGGUCCAAUUUUCUUGAUGAUUAUUGCAACUUUGAUGAUUAUUGCAACUUUGGCGGUUAUUGCGUGCUGUUUCAUCUAUUAUUUGAUAAGAAGAAAACUGGCCGAAGGACAAGUUAUUAGGGAAAGAAAUCGGGAAAACACAGCAUUUCGCCUGUAUGACAGUGAGCGAUGUGUCAAAGAUUUGAUGGAGUCGGGCCAAUUUAGAGAAGAGGAUAAAAAAGGCAUAGAUGUACCAUUUUUCGAUUUAAAAAGCAUACUAGCUGCUACAGACUACUUUGCAGAAACAAAAAAGCUUGGACAAGGGGGGUUUGGGCCUGUUUACAAGGGUUCCUUUCUAGGUGGACAAGAAAUUGCUAUAAAGAGGCUCUCAAGUGGUUCUGGACAAGGCUUGGAUGAAUUUAAGAAUGAGGUUGUUUUAAUUGCUAAACUUCAACAUCGGAAUCUUGUUAGACUCUUGGGCUAUUGCAUUGAAGGAGAUGAAAAAAUGUUACUAUAUGAAUACAUGCCAAACAAAAGCUUAGACUCCUUUUUAUUUGAUCGGACUCUAUGUGUGUUACUGAACUGGAAGAUACGCUUUGACAUCAUUUUGGGAAUCGCUCGAGGGCUGCUCUAUCUUCACCAAGAUUCUAGGUUGAGGAUCAUUCAUAGAGAUUUGAAAACAAGCAAUGUUCUACUUGACGAGGAGAUGAACCCCAAGAUUUCAGACUUUGGCUUGGCAAGGAUAUUUGGAGGCAAACAAACUGAGGCAACAACAACCAGAGUAGUUGGUACUUAUGGCUACAUGUCUCCAGAAUACGCAUUGGAUGGGUUUUUCUCGGUCAAGUCUGAUGCCUUCAGUUUUGGAGUAGUUGUACUUGAGAUUAUCAGUGGAAAAAGGAACACAGGAUUUCACCAAUCAGAACAUGCUUUGAGUCUUUUAGGUUAUGCAUGGAAAUUGUGGAAAGAAGGCAAGGCUUUAGAUUUAAUGGACCAAACAUUACGUGAAACUUGCAAUGCAGAGGAAUUUUUGAGGUGUGUGAACGUUGGGCUUUUAUGUGUACAAGAAGAUCCAAGUGAUCGUCCCACAAUGUCGAAUGUAGUUUUCUUGCUUGGUAGUGAAACUGCAACUCUCCCAUAUCCGAAACAACCAGCCUAUGUUGUUAGAAGAUCCCUUUCUAGCACUGCUUCUUCUUCUAAUACAAAACCAGAAAGAUCGAUUGAAUUAACAGCUACCAUCGACGAAGGCCGAUAAUGAUGGAUGGCAAGGGGACUUUCAGGAUUUUUGUUUUCUCUUUAUCAGUGUUGCCUAAGUUUCUUGUAUUCAUACUACGGUUCUCAUAGGAACAAGUAAGGCGUAUUUCUUGUUUAUCGAAUUGUAAUUUUUUUUAUUGUCCCCGAUAACAUUGUAUCCAAAAUAAGUCUGAUUGUUAACUAUUUGAACCUCCUUUGUAGUAAUUGUACUUCUCUGAUUUCUAAUUGUUUCAAACUCAGACCGACUGCCUUCAUUUAUUUAUUCCUAUUAUUUUGA